UACUGACCAGAUGAUCUCAUCAUUUUUUUUUUGCUUACGAUCACUUUAAAACUAACAUGGAUCACAGUAAUAAAACUUUAUGUUGAGUAAAGAAAGCUCGAAAUAUUACCAAUAACAAAACUUAUCAUUGUGUGUGAACUAUUGAAAUAUAAUAAUACUUUAUUUGAUCUAAUCCCCAAUGCUCAAACUUUUUACUGAGAUUAAAAGAAAGCUGUGUUUAUUAAACUAUUAUUUAAAAGUGAUAUAAUCAUACACAGUUGACAGUCAAAGACUUCAGUCAACUAUCAACCGGACAUUCUACGGAGUAUUCCAUUUUCGUUAUCCGUCGAAAAAAUUCACUUGCUGUGUCUAAAAUUAAAGAACGGAAUUCUAUGAACUCUAAUUCACAGUACGUCAACAAGUUCACCUGCAGUUUUGGAGACAUACACACAGUGAAACGCUCUAUGCAUAAUACAAUGCCAAACGCAAUGUCGAAUCAUGUCCCACGAUCCCAGCCAACAGGAACCACUGAUUUUACCGAUCCUUAUGCAUCACAAACUCCAUAUCCAGUAGGAUCAUCACAGGGUGGAAUGCCAACGGCUACAAUACAAACUGCAGGAGCUACCAUUGGUGAUCAACCACCACCUUAUCCCGAAUCUUCUGCUCCGCCCUUGGGGCCACCAGCACCACCACCAGAUUACUAUUCGAAAGUGGAGGGUUCUAGAUAA